AUGACUCGAGCCCAGCUUUUUGACGACCAACAGGCGCGCCACAGCACCAAGGACGGCUAUACUGUCUUCGAUAAUCCUUACAAUACACAGUACGCAACACAUGAGGAGUGCUACGCCAAUGAACUGGGAUACUCAUGGCGCUAUUCGGACAAGCACCGUCAUGGCGCCGAGGCGCACUGGCAUGACUACCGCCACGACGGCUCAUACAGGCUAGAGGGUUGCCACGUCCAGCAGGACAACUAUCUGUACUCGGAAGAGAAUGAACACACGCACCGUGGCGCGCAUGGGUAUGCGGCGGUACGACGUGUGCCGGCUGGGUCGCAGGGCUUCAUAUGGCCGACGUAUUCAGCACCGUGGGAUGAGCCUGCGUACACGAUUCAUGAGAAACCCAGGUACACUUCUCAUACUGAGCCAGUCUUCUCCAGGCGUGUCCAUGGACGUCCAGAGAGGCGCUCGAUCCCUCGCCAGGGGGAAAGCUACAUCGGCCCUUGGCUCUUCCCAAUAAACACCUCAACUACCCGGCCAAGCACCGCUUCUUGUUCUUGCGUUGAAGACGGCUCGAAGCGAUGUCGCAAGGAGAAACGGAAGAAAGAAGCCUGUCAAGGAAAAAGAGGGAUGGACGACAAAUGGAAUGCGCAUUACCGGUUCUCAGACUUUGGUGGCACGGUGCAUUACAGAGAGUCAUAUGUCGACGCCAGAGGGGGGUAUGGACAGCAUGCUGUUGAGCAUCAGGAUGGCCAGGGCUUCUGGGAAUGGUGGCGCGAGUGA